GGAACCAAAAUAAUGAAACUUUGUUUUGGAAGAGGAGGAGGAGGGGAAGGAACCAACGGAAGGCAGCUUGUGUGUCUGGGCGGGAAACCUAGAUCUCCUGAGGGGUUAGUAGUUUUGACCAAGUCAGCCCACAGCCCUCUCUGUUGUGUAGCCAGAGGCAGCCAUGAUGGCUCCAGGUGUGCCCUGGGACGCUUUGCACAAGCAGGUGUUCCUUUUGGGUUUCCCAACACUGCCUUUUCAGUGUGGAGUUGGAGGGACUUCUGAUCUCAUCCUUUGUGUUUGAAAGGACCCUGGAGAAUCUCUAGGGCAGAAAACCAGCCCCUCAAUCUUCUGCAGUUGCCCAUUCUGAUAUGAAGCCUUACAGAGAUUGCAUAAGAAUUUGAACUAAGAGGACUAGGCAUUUUAUUGAAGUCCAAGCAUAUUGAGAAAAGAAAGAGAGAAAAAAAGAUGCCGGCUGUGAAGGUUUUGCAACCUGUACUAAAAAUGAAAGUGGAUGAACUCUUUUUGUGUUGGUUGAGUGAACCUGCAACUCAGGUGAUGCUCAAGGACUAUUUAAGAAGGAUAACCAACGAGGAGAAGAUUGAAAUUGGUAGUGGUGAUGCUGGAAGAAGUGAACACAUUUUUACCCAGAUAAACUGUGUUUCCAAGCAAAGCAUGCUAGGCAACCUAACGUCUCCUCCAACUCCCACAAGCCCUUCUCACCUCUCUGUUGCCCUCCCAUUUGGAACACAAACAAAUCCAAGGAACUCUCAUAUUCGAGGAAUACGCAGAUCUUCACGUAGAAGGGUUCAGUCAAAGAAAGAAGAACCUUUGACGCCAUCUUUAAGUCAGACCAUUCCAACAUUUUAUUUUCCUCAAGGAUGCCCCAAAGAAAAAGUGAAUAUAGAUGCUAUCAUUGCUAAUAUAGAGAAAACUUUCUCCCAGUUUCCAAAUGAGCGAGCAACAUUAGAAGACAUGGGUAAGGUUGCAAAGGCCUGUGAAUGUCCUCUUUACUGGAAAGGUCCCUUAUUUUGUUGUGCUGGAGGAGAGCGAACAGGAUUUAUUUCAGUUCACAAAUUUAUUGCAAUGUGGCGGAAGAUUCUACAAACCUGUCAUGAUGCUGCUUCCAAGUUUGUUCAUCUUUUAAAGAGUCCUGGAUGUAACUAUUUGGUACAAGAAGACUUCAUUCCAUUUUUACAAGAUGUGGUCAACAGUCAUCCCAGUCUAGUCUUCUUAAAAGAAGCAUCAGAAUUUCACUCUCGGUACAUUACAACAGUAAUUCAAAGGAUAUUUUAUACAGUUAAUAGGUCAUGGUCAGGAAGGAUCACUUGUAAUGAACUCAGAAAAAGUAGCUUCUUACAGAAUGUAGCAUUAUUGGAAGAAGAGGUAGAUAUUAACCAGCUUACAGAAUAUUUCUCUUAUGAGCACUUUUAUGUGAUCUACUGCAAAUUUUGGGAGCUGGAUACCGACCAUGACCUUUAUAUUGAUCCCAAGGAUUUAGCUCGGCAUAAUGACCAUGCUAUAUCCAGUCGGAUGAUUGAGAGGAUUUUCUCAGGAGCUGUAACAAGGGGCAGGAAGGCACAGAAAGAAGGAAAAGUCAGUUAUGCAGAUUUUGUAUGGUUUUUGAUAUCAGAAGAAGACAAAAAGACUCCAACCAGCAUUGAAUACUGGUUCCGGUGCAUGGACCUGGAUGGGGAUGGUGUUUUGUCUAUGUAUGAACUCCAAUACUUUUAUGAAGAACAGUGCCAAAAACUGGACAAUAUGGCCAUUGAGCCUCUGCCAUUUGAAGACUGUCUUUGCCAGAUGCUUGAUCUUGUGAAGCCUGAGCAUGAAGGGAAAAUAACUCUUCGUGACCUAAAGAGAUGUAAGAUGGCAAAUGUGUUCUUUGACACUUUUUUCAACAUUGAGAAAUAUUUAGACCAUGAACAGAAGGAUCAGUUUUCUAUUCUGAGGGGCAGUGAAAAUGAAAACCAAGAGAUGUCUGAUUGGGAAAGAUAUGCUGCUGAAGAGUAUGAUGUCUUAGUAGCUGAGGAAGCAGCCAGCGACCAGUGGAAUGACUGUUAUGAAGCUGAGCUGAACCCUGGAGAUCAUCAAAAGACCAACAUUUUAAAAUACCAGAUGGAAAAACGACCUUGCUUUGACAUGCCUUCCCAUUUGGCAGAUGUUGACUUAGAUGAGUAUGACUAUGAAGAUGAUUUUGAAUGAAUUCUAGUGUUUGUACAAUAAUAAGGACUGUUUGCAGCAGGUCUGCCCAAUCUCUACAUAGCUCUUUGUGCUGCAAAAUUAAUAUUUUAAGCAUUUAGAUGUUUUGAAGAAGACAGUGAAUUUGUAUGGAAUGACACCUUUUUUGUAUUUAUUAAGUAGACUGUUGCCUGUAAAAUAGACUUAAAUUAUUUACAGAUGGAUUAUAAUUCUGUUAAUGAAUUACAAUGUAUAAAUUUGCUGGCCUUUUUUAAAAACAAGGAACUAGAAUUCUUACUCUCACCAGUAGCUGUAAUAGAGAAGUCCUUGCUUUUUCAGUCUUCAAGCAGAAAUCUAGUAAUUUUGCCAGACAUGAAAGAGAAAAGUAUUGCACGUAUGAGUGGAGAUCACUUCUGCUCACUCAAGAACAGUCUUGCUGGACACUGGUACUUGCAGCAAAAUAUAUCUUGCCCUGAGACAAGCUAUGUAUCAUUUUCCUUUCAAAUCCUUUUAGUCGUUCAGAUUUCAUUUUAUUCUUCUGACUCCCAUUACAAAAUAGCUUUAUAGCUUGCACUUGACUGUAGUGGAUAUUGUACUCCAUGUCAAGGGAAUCAAUUUUUAAAACAUAUGUACAUUUUACUUGAUCUGUGAAAUGCACUAACCUUGUUAUGGGCAUUUAGCAUAUUUCUUCAAUGGUUAGCUAAUGGCACAUUCCACAAAUACUUAUCCCCAUGGUGUCAGACAGCUCAAGAUUUUGAUGCUUUACUAGCCUACCUAAGCUGGAUGUUGCUAAUCUAGUUUUUAAACAGGCAAAAAUUUGUAGUGCCUUAAUUAUCCCAAUGUUCAUAUGAGAAAUUAUAUAAUAAGUGUUUAAGCAAAAUUGUUGAUGAAAGAUCUUCAUAUAAAACAAAAAAAUGUAAGCUAUUUUGUUUGCAGUGUAGAUCUGUUUUUAAAGUGUUUAAAAUAUGUUGGUAUUUUCAAAUAAAGUUUUUUUCAUAUA